AUGAAUCGCAAAAUGAUGGCGUGCUCGGAGGACGAGUUUCGUUCCGACGACGACGAGGAAGCGGCUUCCGGCGACGAGGAGAUGAUUGUCGCGUCGAGACCACCGCCGUUUUAUGAGAGCGUUCGCGCGUUCGCACCGUCGCAUAUGCACAUCUCGUGCCACUACGAUAUACCGUACACACCGCACUUGAUACAACCGCAGGUGUGCGGUGUGAGCACGUUCACCUACACCAGAGAGUUUCCACCGCCGCCGCCGCAGUUUUUUGGCGACAACUCGCUACAGGCGCCCGGUUACUGUAAGAUGGACGAGCAUGAAGGAAUGAAAUCCGAUCGUCCGUUCGUCGUUUUCGACGCCUCGUCAAACAUGGACAUCGUCGGCGACGUCUACUGCACGGUGCCAGGCCGAACGAGUCUGUUGAGCUCGACGACGAAAUACCGGGUGACGGUGGGCGAGAUUCAGCGGCGAAUCUCGCCGCCCGAAUGCCUCAACGCCUCGCUUCUCGGCGGCAUUUUGAGAAAGGCGAAAUCGAAAGACGGCGGCAAGACGCUUCGCGAUUCGCUCAAAAAGCUCGGCCUCACACUGCCGGCUGGACGUCGCAAGCAGGCGAACGUGACCGCGUGGACGGCGCUCGUCGAAGAGGAGGCGUUGCAUAUGGCGAAGGAUUUCGCGGCGGUUUGCGAGAAGGAGUUCCAUUCGCGCGAAAUCGGCGUCUAUUUGACGAAGAACGCGUUGAGCAUCGAUCCCGACGUGCUCAAACGUCGCAAUUGUCUUGAAAUGAGCAGAAAAAUCAUCGGCGAGCUCGGCGAGCUGCUCUCAAGCGACCGUACCCCGCUGACGCCAUUUUUGCCGAGAAACAACCUGCCGCUCGAGCCCGCAAUUCAGCAACAUCUCUCGCAUUUCACAUUGAUGACGCACGGCUUCGGCAACGUCGCCAUGUGCGCCGCGCUCGAAUCCGUCAAACUCAUGAUCGACGAGAGCAUCAAGUACAUCGACAGAUGCUGCUCUCAGCAAAUGUGGCGUUAA